CAAUCAAUUACUGGCGUUAAAUAAUUCUUUACGUUAUUCCAAAUAUUCUUGAAGAAUAUUCUUAAAAUGUUCACAGACGUGUCUCGUGAUAUCUGGGUUAGCUAUUGAAUGUUCCUGAAUACCAAAAGAACUAACAAGUACAAAUAACUGUGUUCGUACACUUAAGCAAGUAUCCAAAUAUUUUCUACACACAUGUAUAUUUAGAGAGCGUUGCAGAGUUCAGCGAUAGAGCAGCCGGCGAUGAAACGAGAGAUUGUUCCGUUACCUCUAGCGUAUUAUGAGGAAUUUUGGGUGGACAGAUAUUGCAUUGUGAUUGAAACAAUAGUCAAACGUAAAUUAAUUCAAAGUGAUUUUGUAACGUUUUACCGUUGCGAUAAAUGAUAAGCUAAGGUGAUAAUUACUAUGUCAGAUUCUAAUGAAAUCUAACGAAACUGUAAGAUGUUUGUUGACCGUCUCAAUUAGGUAAUUGUUUCUUUUUUUAAUACACUAAUACAUGUAUGACUGAUAAUAUCAAGUGGAGGAAUCCGAGAUCUCUCUUACGUUAACAGACAUUUAAAAUACUGCCGGUAAACAGCGCUAUAAUCGUACCUGUACGAAGUUUUCUUAAGAAUUCUUAAGGAGAAUUAGGAAUUUAUGUCUCCUCGUCUCCGAUUUCUCUCUUAUUUGGUGACUUAAUAUAAUUUGUGAAAAUCGCCAGUGAGAACACUAGCGUCGAGCCAACGUCGAUGGGGUCGAAACCGCGACCCGACCGAUACUUUUCGAAAAUAAUUCAGCUUUGGAACGUAAUAUUUUUUUGCAUUAAAUUACUACGUUCAACGUUUUGAGCACUUUUGAGAUCUCAUUGGAGAGAACUGCCGAGUUAACUUAUUCAAUGCAGAAAAUGACGGUUGGGUGGACGAUGGUUUCGACCCCAUUGGCGUCGAUUCGACGCUGCUCCGACUUCAGUGUUUUCACUGGGUCGUGAUACGUUUACAGCCUUAACUCAUAUGUAGUAUAUACAAAGCAAUUAUAGUACAAAUGAGAUAAUACAAACAGUACAAAUAUGACAACAAGAUAGUCACUAUUUCUAAUUAUAUAAACAAUAAUAAUUUUGUACAAGACGUUUGUAUAUAAUCUACCGUAUAGAUGUAAUUAUACAGCGUUGCUUAAAUUAUUAGCUUACUAUGUAAUGUUGCGCGGAGCCGUAAAUGUAUUAUAAGAGAAACGAAACCGGUAUAAAUAUGUUCCUACGUUUAAAUGCUGUGUAUAAUAUCUAUGGCGAAAUAAAUGUCUUUUUUAUUGAAAAAAAAGAGAGGAGAGUUGUGUGUUUAAGCGCCCAUUCUGUUUGAGCGACUCACAUCUUUCUUUCCGUUCGCGACUCGUAUCGGAUAUACUCUCGUCUCUUUUCCUUAGGCAAUCCUACGCUGUACAUUUAUUUUGCGAUCGGUACGCCGUUGUCAAUUCUUACACGCACGCAUAUACCGAUCAUUCGCCGACUAUAAUUGAGAGGAACAAAUGGCAGAGGGUGUGAUAAACGUGCGUACUCUGUCUACAUACAGCACGGUAUUUCCAGCAGACACAGUCGAGUGGUGCCCCACGGAGCCGUAUCGGCAUAUAUUAGCGUGCGGAACGUACGAAUUAGUCAAAGAUGAUCCCGAAACGUCCCCAUUUAAACGAGGGCAAAUCCUGCUGCUCCGCGUGACACGUGGUGGAGCGUUAGAGCAAUUGCAACAAGUGAGCACCACGGCGGUGUUGGAUAUGAAAUGGAUGCACGUGACGGACGACAAACAGAGUCGCGUGUUGCUCGCCGUAGCCGACUCCGUCGGAUACCUGCAACUCUACGAGCUGAUGGAGAACCCGUCGAGUGGAAAGAUGCAACUGGAGUUUUUCAUUAAAUUAAGAGUCGGCGACGACGAGGCCGUCAUGGCGUUAUCUCUGGAUUGUUCCCACGAGAAAUACGCCGUCGCGAGAGACGGACCCGCCGUUAACAUGCGCGUCCUCGUGAGCGACAGCGCCGGGCAGGUCUCUCAGUUUACGUGGCUCGAGUCGGGCUCUCUGAUAAAGGACUUCACCUGCCUCGCGCACAAGUUUGAAGCGUGGAUCGCCGCCUACGAUUAUCACGACCCAUGCAUUUUUUAUUCCGGGGGCGACGAUUAUAAAUUCGUAGGCUUCGAUACCAGGGUAGGAUGUAGUCGUCACACGUUCGAAAAUAACGACCACACUGCCGGUGUCACCAGCAUCCACAGUAACGCCGAUAAACCAUUCUUACUCGCAACCGGAAGUUACGACGAGAACCUGAGGUUGUGGGACACGAGGAAUUUCAAGCAACCGACAUCGAAGAUCAGCCUCGGCGGUGGAGUCUGGCGCUUGAAGUGGGACCCGUUCAGUCACAGAUACCUGCUCGCCGCAUGCAUGCACGAUGGUUUCAAGAUCGUUAAUCACGACAUUAUAACGUCGGUCGUUGCCGAUUACAAAGACCACGAGAAGCUAGCGUACGGCUGCGACUGGUCAUUCCUGACGCAGACGGACGUUUCAAGUUUAGACAUCGACGGAGACACCUUGAUGACCACUUGCUCCUACGAGGAUCAUACCCUCAAGAUAUCCGUGGUUGACUUCUGGCCGGACAAAUACACUUCCGACAAUUACUGCCUGGACGCUACUAAAUCCUCCUCCGAUUGCACGUGCUAUUAACGAUUUGCGAUUUGAGAAAACUGAAAUGGACACGGUUCACAAUUUGUACAAUACGCUUAUAUAUGCGCUACAAAGGCUUCAGCGAUUCGAUAUUUAUAUUAGAAUAAUAACGUAAUUUGCAUAGCAAGUGGUAGGUUGCGAUAAUUUUAAUAGACCUCUUUUUACAGAUUUUGUUUAACCCUUCGUGGCCCAAUUUGAAGAAAUGUGUAUUUUUUAAAGCGACACACAUUUAUUAUGCGCGCAAAUGCCUAUAAGUAACUAUCAGUUAUACAAAAACGUAAAGAUAAUUGAUUGCUGUAUCUCGCGUUUUGCAAAAUAAUGCAAACAUUCAAUUGUGCACUUUGCGAUCACAAAAAAACAUGACAAUGAUUUUCACAGCAAAACCACUGGGACGCAGAGAGUUAAUUAAUAAUUCUGUAAUUUCUUCGUAAGGCGAACUAAUCGAGCAAGUAAGUUUCUUCAAAUGAUACUCGGUUAAUUUUGAAUGUAUUUACGUUUUUUGAAACUUAUAGUUACCGACUUCCCUUACUGGGAUAACAACAGUGAAACAAUACUGUUCUCUGAAAUACGUGGAAUUACAGGAUCAGAGAUCGA